AUGCGUGCUGCCCGUCUCUUGGCGAUCGGUACCCGCGCUCUGCCUCGCUUGUCCCCCAAUGGCGUUCGUGCGCUUCACGUGAGAGCAUCAAAAGCGUCAAUCACCGACGCGAUCGCCCGAGAGAAGGUACUCGUGUUCUCCAAGAGCCACUGUCCAUUCUGUGCUCGUGUCAAGGCGACGCUGGACGUGCUCGACACGAAGUACGAAGCGGUGGAGCUGGACGCUAUAGACGACGGCGGACAUAUCCAGGCGCUGCUGUUCGACAUGACGGGCCAGCGCACGGUGCCCAAUGUCUUUAUCAAUGGCAAGCACAUUGGCGGCUGCGACGAUGUCCUGGCUCUGCAUACUAGAGGUGAGCUCGUGCCAAAACUGAGCGAAGAACGUUUGUAA